CUCAGCGCAUGCGCCUCACGGCCGUGAGCACCAACAUCAACCGAGGGGCUGGGUUCCCGUCAGUCUGCUUAUUUUCUAGUCCGGACGCACAGAGAGUGGGCCACCACUUUUAUGGGGUGAGGCCCGGAUGCUUGGUUGCCUGUUCAUGUGGACCCAGCACCACCCCAACUAAGCCAUGACCAAGAAAUUCGAGUUCAACUGGAAAAUCACCGUGCCUGAGCCACUGCUCGAGGGCGGCGUCUUCGACCGAUGGACAGAGGAAAAGGACUCGAUCGACUUUGAAUCACAGUGCGUAUUCAAGGUUGAUGAAUACGGCUUUUUCAUAUACUGGAAGAGCGAGGCGCGUGAGGGCGAUGUCAUCGAGUUGUGCCAGGUGAGCGACAUCAGGGCGGGCGGCGUGCCCCGAGACCAGCGCCUGCUGAACCAGUUGGUCACCAGGCACGGCGAGCAGCUGGAGGACAGGUCGCUGACCAUCUGCAGUGGCUACGAUUACGUCAACAUCAAUUACCAGCACAUAGUGUGUCCUGACGCUGAAACGGCCAAAGUAUGGCUAGACGGUCUAAGGUCAAUUACGCACAAUGUCAAGGCCAACAACGCUUGUCCUAUGACUUGCCUCAAGAAACAUUGGAUGCGAUUGAGCUUUUUGACAACUGCCAAAGGCAAGGUGCCCGUCAAAGUGAUCGCUCGCACAUUCGCGUCGGGCAAAACGGAGAAGCUCGUUUACCAGUGCCUCUCCGACCUAGGCCUUCCAAGUGGAAAAUCGGACACUAUUGAGCCGGAGGACUUUACCUUUGAUAAAUUCUACAGCCUCUACCACAAGAUUUGUCCCAGGAAUGAUAUUGAGGAGCUCUUCCAAGUCAUUAACCAAGGUACGACUGAGCACAUCACUCUGGAGCAGUUGAUUUACUUCUUGAACGAAAAGCAGCGAGACCCCAGACUGAAUGAGAUUCUCUACCCUUUUUAUGACGAGAAGAGAGCACGGGAAAUUGUCAUCGACUACGAACCUAACGAUGAUCUUAGGAAAGAGGGUCUCCUGAGUAAAGAUGGCUUAAUUAGGUAUUUGAUGUCGGAUGAGAAUGCUCCGGUGUUUUUGGACAGACUCGAUCUGUUCAUGGAUAUGGACCAAUCAAUGGCGCACUACUACAUUAACUCAUCGCACAACACAUACCUCAUUGGCAGGCAGUUUGGAGGCAGGUCCUCUGUUGAAAUGUACAGACAGGUGCUACUCGCUGGGUGCAGAUGCGUUGAGCUUGAUUGCUGGGACGGAAAGGGAGAGGACGAAGAGCCUAUUAUUACGCACGGGAAGGCUAUGUGCACAGAUAUUCUGUUUAAAGAUGUUAUUUACGCGUUGCGAGACACAGCUUUUGUUACCUCAGACUAUCCGGUCAUUUUGUCAUUUGAGAACCAUUGCUGCAAGGCUCAGCAAUUCAAACUGGCAAAAUACUGUGAAGACAUCCUCGGAGACCUACUUCUCAAAGAGCCCUUGCCCGACUUUCCGCUCGAACCUGGAAUUCCACUUCCGUCUCCAAAUCAGUUGCGCCGGAAAAUCAUCAUAAAAAACAAGAGACUCAAGCCUGAAGUGGAAAAGCAGGAGCUGGAGUUGUUCAAACAGGGUCAGUUUGUGAUCGAAGACGAGGAAAAGGAAGAUGCCAGCGCCGUUAGUACGCUGGCUGCCGUUGCUACAGACAAGAAGAUAGAGGAGCCGGCCGUGCUGUCCGUGGACGUUGUUGAGUCAGUGGUGGUCGAGGGCACCGAGUUGCCGGUGCAGGUGCAAUACACAGGCUCCACUACCAAUGUGCACCCGUACCUGUCCUCCAUGGUCAACUACGCACAGCCCGUCAAAUUCCAGAGCUUUGAAGCUGCCGAGGAGAAAAAUGUUCACCACAACAUGUCUUCUUUUGCUGAAACAGCAGGAUUGAAUUUGCUGAAGCAACAGGCCAUUGAGUUUGUCAACUAUAACAAAAGGCAAAUGUCGAGGAUUUAUCCCAAGGGAACCAGGGCUGAUUCUUCCAACUACAUGCCACAGAUUUUCUGGAACGCUGGGUGCCAAAUGGUGUCUCUGAACUUCCAAACCCCUGACCUGCCUAUGCAGCUGAACCAGGGUAAAUUCGAGUACAACGGCAACUGCGGUUACCUCCUGAAACCAGACUUCAUGCGGCGCUCCGACCGCAGUUUUGAUCCUUUCGCCGAAUCUCCAGUUGACGGCGUUAUCGCUGCCCAGUGCAGUGUCCAGGUUAUCGCCGGACAGUUCUUGUCUGACAAGAAGGUUGGUACCUAUGUUGAGGUGGACAUGUACGGACUGCCGACGGACACGAUAAAGAAGGAGUUCAAAACGAGAAUGGUACCGGCAAACGGACUGAAUCCGGUCUAUAAUGAAGAGCCCUUCCUCUUUAGAAAGGUGGUGUUACCUGAUCUUGCUGUGCUGCGCUUUGGCGUCUACGAUGAGAAUGGCAAACUGCUAGGCCAGCGCAUUUUGCCGCUCGACGGUCUGCAGGCUGGUUACAGGCACAUCUCCCUACGCACAGAGGCAAAUUUUCCAAUGUCUCUGCCCAUGUUAUUCUGCAACAUCGAACUUAAGAUUUACGUCCCAGAUGGAUUUGAAGAUUUUAUGGCUGCAUUGUCCGACCCCCGACGCGCGGUCAUGCCACCAAAAGCUCCACCCACUGAGCGUCUCAAGGUCAUGGGAAUCGAGGAAGCCAACACCACCCUCGAAUCAGCGGCCGAGCGUUCUCGCAGAGAGGAAGCGCGUCGCAAAGCUGAGGAUACAGAGCUAAGAUUUGAGGAUGUUACCGUUGACAGCCUCAAAGCUGAAAAAGGGUUUUCUAAAGUUGGUCGCAAACAGCAGAAAGACCUUGAGGCGCUGAAAAAGCGCCACCAGAAAGAAAUGGCUGCCGUGCAGAAACAGCAAGUUGCUGCCAUUGAAAAACUAGUCAAAGGAAAAAAGCCCAAUGAAGCGGCUCAAGAUCCUGCGGUGCGGAAAUUGGUGGUAGAGCAAAUGGCUCAGUGGUCGGAGAUGGUGGAACGGCAGCAGCGCGAGAGGUGGGAAACCCUUCGUCAGCAGCUGCGUGACAAUCAGGAGGUGCUGCGAAAACUAAUGGAGGGCGUGCAGGGUGCCCAGAUGAAGCAACUUGAGGCGAAACAUGAGAGAGACAUCAAAGAGUUGAAUUCGUCUCAAGCACGCAUUUCUGUGGAGACCGCGCGUGAGGUCAACAGCGACAAAACGCUGAAGACCAAGAACGAUAAGGACCGUAAGUUGAGAGAGAAGAAGCAGAAUAAUACCAAAAAAUUCAUGGACGAGAGGAAAGUGGCCAAAAUGAAGCAGGAUAAGGAACGGGAGCGUCUACGUAAGAAACAUGAAAAGCAGCUUGAUGAACUCAACAAAACCUUCCACAACUUGAUGGAAAUGUACCAGAACGAAGAGCUUGAAUACAACCUGGGGAGUAAGCAAGAGUGCUUCGUCUAAUCUGGAUCUAGUCGGACCAAUCGAGUCAGCAUCAGACGCCAUUACGCAUUUAGUCUUCGUACAAAAAAACCUAUAUUGUCUGUUUUCUAAUCUCAAAAUGUAUAACGACUAAAAAUAAUAAACGCUAUUGAAUGUUAAAUCGAA